CUCAACUGCCCAUAAUAUAAUAAGUUCGUCCUUCGAACUGCUAUUUUGUUAACUUAAUAUGUUGUGAUUCUUAUCUUUUCCAUUUAACUUUUUGUAUUUGAAACUGGUUGUGACACGACUUGUAAAUAAAACGCGUUAAUAUCGAAGGUCUUCUUAAACAGCAUAAAGGUUAUAAUCUAAAAGAUUGGUUAAUCUAUAAAAUAGAUGAUUAGUAGUGAGACAAUAGUGUUAAUGUAAAAGCUUAAACAAAGCUUUUUAAACCAGCAAUAAAAAAUAGGUUAUCGAUUCGCUAGUAACAAUCUAGAUCUUCCGUAAAAUAGUGUGAUAACGGAUUAUAGCGUAUACAGUUUCGACAAAAAACAACUAAAAUAACUUUAAAAUUGUAACAUUUUAACGCAUCGUUAAAUAAGAACAAAUGAGUUUUUGGUAGUGAGGUUAGUUUUUAUUUUUAUAAUCGUCCUUUGACUUUAUGCCAAGUGACAAAUUUCAGCACAUAUAUUUUUUUAAUUUUUAUAGUUAGAAUGGAAUUAUGCCAGGAGUUCCUUGCAUUUAUUGAUUUUUUGAUUAAGUUUAGUAUAGGGUACCAGUAUGUUAGUUUCUCAGUUAUGAAUAGGUAGGAACGUUUGUUUAAAACACUUUGCACUCUCUCAAAGAUUUUUUUAGAUAGUCAUUUACUACUUCGUAAUCUAUUUUUGCAGAUUUUUACAUACAUCAAAUAAUUGCUUGCCUUAAGAAAAAAACCUUGUAGUGCCUCUCGUUUAUGGAAUAAUAUACUAAAUUAAUAUACACUAAUAAAUUAAAGUGUAAUAUAAGAAUAAAUAUUAACGUUAAAACUGUGGUGCAGAUUCUUAUGUAAUAACACAAUUGGAUACUAACAUGUCUCAAUUGGCGUUAUGUAACUAUACUAAUAACGAUAACAACAACAACAAUGACAACACAAGUGAGGAUUCUAGUCAACUACCAACUAUUUAUAGGUGUAGAGCACCGAUAGCAAGCUUGGACUGCAUGGAAGAAUUCAGUGCUGGAAGCGCACUCAGUGCACUAACGGAACGUUCAGGUGAAGGGGGCAUAACCAAAGAACAGUUAUUAUUGAGUGGACUUACACAUUCAGCACCAAAUGCUCCUCUGCAGCUUGGAAAACAAACGACAGUAGCUCCUGGUCUAAGAUAUCGCAAUUUAGGGAAAAGUGGUUUAAGAGUUUCUAAUAUUGGGUUAGGUACUUGGCCUACAUUUGGUCCCAAUGUCACUGAAGAACAAGCCGAACAGAUUAUUGUUCUUGCCGUCGAAAGUGGAAUUAACGUUUUCGAUUUGUCUGAAGCCCAUUCAGGAACUAGGGCCGAAGUUGAACUGGGAAGAAUUUUAGCUCGAAGAGGAUGGAAGAGAACUUGCUACAUUGUAACUACAAAGAUUUAUUGGAGUACGCGGUCCGAAGAACGGGGACUAUCACGAAAGCAUAUAAUUGAAAGUGUUAAAGCUAGUUUGGUAAGGCUUCAGUUAUCUUACAUUGAUGUGGUAAUAGUUCAUAAAGCAGAUCCGAUGUGUCCCAUGGAAGAAGUGGUAAGAGCAAUGCAUUAUGUAAUAUCUCAGGGAUGGGUUAUGUAUUGGGGAACAGCGAGGUGGUCCCCCGUUGAAGUGAUGGAAGCGUAUACUAACUGUCGUCAAUUUAACUGCGUUACACCUAUAGUCGAGCAAACAGAAUAUCACAUGUUUUGCAGAGAAAAGACAGAACUGUAUAUGCCUGAAUUGUACAACAAAAUUGGUGUUGGUUUGAUGGCUUGGUCACCGAUAUCGAUGGGACUGUCUCAAGGAAAAGAAGAAGGCAGCGUGCAGUUGUUCUCUAGAUCUAGUUUUCGAAAUAAGUACAGUUCAUUCUCAUGGACUGAAGAUGAAACUGCGACAGCUAAUAAAGAUGGAUACAACUGGAUGAAAGAUAGAAUCCAACCGGAAGAGACACGCCGACAAUCUGAAAGAAUUAGAGAACUGAAUGCUGUAGCAGAAAAGUUGGGUUGUUCGUUGUCCCAACUAGCCAUAGCAUGGUGUUUAAAAAAUGAAUCUGUACAAUGUUUACUUCUAGGAGCAAGCACAGUAAUGCAGUUGUAUGACAGCAUACAAUCUUUACAGCUUGUACCUAAAUUAAACACCAAUAUGGUAGCAGAAAUAGAGCGUAUUUUAGAAAACAAACCGACUAGGCCACCAAUGGUGUCAACUCUGGCGCUUAGAUGACAAUCAAUGUGCCCCCCUGGUUCCAUUGGUGGUCAGGGAGGCACGAGUAACACUGAGAGUCCGAAAGAAGACGACGUUAGCAAUGCAGAUACAGAAACUAAAGACAGCCAAAAACUUCCUUUUUGCGAAAUUCAGUGACAAAAAGUUACCGAGUUUGUCAAAACUCGUAAAAUCAAAACCCCUGAAGAGAAACCUUACAAGGAGAAAGUUAGAUGGAGUUACAGCCCAGAUGAAGGUCCAAAGUGUACGACUGAAACUUUUUCAACUAAAAAAAAAGACAAAAAGACAGCUCAUAGUCCUGUGCAAGUAUGAAAUAAACAAAAAUCUUAUGGUGAGAUUUUGAUCUGAAUUAUGUGAUGAAAAUGUUUUUUGUGAAUCUUUACGUUUGGACGCUUUCUAAAAAAUUUCUUGUUAAAAUUAAACAAGUAGCUAUAUAAAUAUGGACUCAAAACUCUUUAUUAACUUUAAGAAAAUGGAACGCGAUUUCUAGAUGCGAUAAGCUUAUGCAUUUGCAUUUUGAUACGAGCCUUUCAAAUUAAUAAGUUUAAAUGGUGUUGUAAUAACUACCAGUUUCUCUACAAAAUACUUAAUUAUAGGGUCAUUUGCACAAAAAUUGAGAACAGGAAUUUCACAAAAAGCAAUUAGCUAUUGAAAAAAAACAUCACUUAGCAUCCAUUAUUAGUUUAUUAUGUUAACCACAGUAGGUACAAACAUCCGGAAUCUCUCUUUUA